UUUGCAUUUCCCAGGUGAUAACUAGUCUGGGGACCACAUUUGGGGAACCACCGGCUAUGGUGGUCAGGGGUCCUGGAGGGGAUGUGGUUUGGAGGGAGGGAGUUGGCUGAUGACUGGCAUAGAAAUAAGGGGCCAGGCUGGGAAGCACUUGGAAUUGUGGAAGGGAGGUGUGUAGACCUUUCAGGAUCUCUCUGCAGCCACUUGGAGUACAUUGUGAAGCUGGGAGACAUAGAGGUCCAUCACAAAGCCAAAACAGCAGCCGCGGUCCCAGUUCUAGACAUUGUUAUCCACCAGGAUUACUCUUCUUCCGGAUCAACCUCAAAUGACAUUGCUCUUGCUCUGCUGGCCUUCCCUGUGAAUUACUCCACCCACAUCCAGCCUGUGUGCCUCCCUGAAAAGACUUUCAUGGUACAAUCUGAUACUAAAUGCUGGGUGACCGGAUGGGGCAAACUGAGUGAAGAAGAUUUAGCACCAGCUAAGCUUCAGGAGGCUGAGCAAAGCAUUAUUCGUUAUGAGAGAUGUAAUGAGGUACUCAAGGAAAAGUUGUCAACCAAGACUAACUUGGUCAAGGAAGGGGCAGUCUGUGGCUAUAAUAAGGAAGGAAAGGAUUCUUGCCAGGGAGAUUCUGGGGGACCCCUGGUCUGUGAAUUGAAUGAAACAUGGAUGCAAGUGGGGAUUGUGAGCUGGGGCAUUGGCUGCGGUCGCAAAGGAUUCCCUGGAGUUUAUACAGAAGUUAGUUUCUACAAGGACUGGGUCAUUAGACAACUGAGUCAGGCUUCAUGUUGGGACUCAGCAGGCUUCCUCAUCUUUAGCCUGUGUCUAGUGCUGCACCUGGGCAUCCUGGUGACCCCAUGA